GCGCGCAGAGGUGGGCAGACGUAGCGGAGACACUGAAGACGCGUUCGUCGCCAUCAUUUGUGUUACAAAUAUUAAUAACAAAUUACAAUUUACAAGUGUGCGAAUUAUUUAAUCAACCGCAAUGAGUGAAAUUAAAUCGUUUCUACAUCAGUUUUGUCAAAAAAAUAAAGUUGAACCGCAAUUCGAAGUUCGACCUACAGGACCAAAACAUCGGCAACGGUUUUUAUGCGAGGUUCGCGUUGCCGGUUAUACUUACGUUGGGGCUGGCAAUUCCACGAAUAAGAAAGAUGCACAGAGUAACGCAUCCCGCGAUUUCGUCAGCUUUUUGGUACGCCAAGGGCACGUUAACUCAAAAGAUGUACCCACCGAUUUAGGACUAACUGGUGGCAACACCGCCGCUCCAGACUCUGGUCUGGCACCUUCGGGUCCUCAACAUUCGGUAUUUAGAGAGGGCACCGGCCCGGCGAGUUUGGGCGAAGCGUACAAGGGCGUCGAUCAGCGCGAUGGCCAGUGGAGCUACAUGGACCGCGUGCAGCAACAGAAGCAGGUCGAGGAGGCCGAAGAUUUAGACGUCAACGCUCAAAUUCACGGUAACUGGACGAUCGAAAAUGCUAAAUCUAAACUACAUCAAUUCCUGCAAUCUAAUAAAAUUAACACCGAUUAUAGAUAUUCACCGAUCGGCCCCGAUCACACCAAGAGUUUUGUGGCCGAAAUGAAUUUUUACGUAAAAGCGUUGGGCCGUCAUAUUCACGGCCGAGACACCGGAUCAAAUAAGCAAAUGGCGAGUAAAAGUUGCGCGUUGUCGAUUGUGCGCCAACUUUUCCACUUGGGCGUAAUCGAAGCGUUCAGUGGAACGCUGAAAAAAGAAAAAGGUGACGAAAUGCCACCGUACGAGGUGAAGGUGUCUCCUGAUGUGCAGGCGCAAAUUGACGACUGUUUGCGGGAAUUGAACAUUAUGGUGCCGCCGUUCAAAACCGACAAGGAAGCGUCGACGCCGGUUUCUCUGUUAAGUUCUCAAAUAUUAGACGAUUUUGUGCCGUCCGCGCCGGUACCUGGCGGUGUUAUACCGUGGUCUCCGCCGCAACCGAACUGGAAUCCUUGGACUGCUUGUAACAUCGACGAAGGGCCACUUGCGACAAAGACUCUCGAUCAAUUAAGCGAGCAGUUGGCGGAAGACUCCAGGAAUCGUCUGCAGAAUGACAGUUAUUUACAGAAAAGCAUACAGGAACGCACUUCUUUACCUGUGUAUAGCAAGCGUUCGGAAAUAAUGGAGGCAAUCAAUGACAAUCCUGUUAUUAUUAUAAGAGGAAACACAGGAUGCGGUAAAACCACGCAAGUUUGUCAGUUUAUUUUAGACGAUUUCAUCGCGUCCGGCGGCGGCGCAUGGUGCAACAUCGCCAUUACCCAACCACGGCGUAUAUCUGCUGUCUCUGUUUCCGAGCGUGUCGCAUCCGAACGCGGCGAACAAUUGGGAGAAUCGACAGGGUAUUCGGUGAGGUUCGAGUCUGCGUUGCCACGACCGUAUGCGUCCAUCAUGUUUUGUACUGUCGGAGUACUACUGCGUAAAUUGGAAGGCGGUCUACGCGGCGUUAGUCACGUGAUCGUUGACGAAAUACACGAGAGAGACGUGAACAGCGACUUUAUAAUGGUGGUUUUGCGCGAUAUGGUUCAUCAGUACCCCGACUUGCGUGUGAUACUCAUGUCGGCAACUAUAGAUACAACAUUAUUUUCGAAAUACUUCAAUGACUGUCCUGUAAUUGAAAUUCCUGGCCGCGCGUUCCCAGUUCAACAGCACUUCAUAGAGGACUGCAUAGAGCUCACGAAGUUUGUACCGCAAAUGGAGACAAAAAAGCGCAAAUCAAGAGGUGGGGAUGAUGGUCUUCCAGAAGAAGAACCGGAGGAAAAUCUUAAUAUGGUGACAGUGGGAAAUUACAGCCAACAGACUCAAAAUGCAAUUCAACGUUUGAGUGAGAAAGAAGUGUCUUUUGAACUACUGGAAGCCUUGUUAAUUUAUAUCGACUCUUUGGAUAUCGAAGGUGCCGUACUUGUGUUCCUCCCCGGCUGGAAUCUCAUAUUUAAACUGAUGCGGCACUUACAGCAACAUCCCAAAUUUGGUAGCCCGAGGUUUUGUAUUUUGCCACUUCAUUCUCAAUUGCCUCGUGAGGAUCAAAGACGCGUGUUUGAACCGGUGCCCUCUGAUGUCCGAAAGGUUAUUCUUUCGACAAAUAUCGCCGAGACGUCUAUAACCAUCAAUGACGUCGUUUUUGUAAUUGACAGCUGCAAGGCGAAAAUGAAAUUGUUCACCUCCCACAAUAACAUGACAAGUUACGCGACGGUGUGGGCGUCGCGGACAAAUCUUGAGCAGCGCAAGGGGCGGGCGGGUCGCGUUCGCCCCGGAAUUUGCUUCCAUCUAUGCUCAAAGGCGAGAUACGACAAGCUCGACGAGCAUAUGACACCCGAAAUGUUUAGAUCUCCACUACACGAAAUCGCUCUCAGUAUUAAAUUACUCCACCUCGGUUCGAUUGGGCAUUUUCUGAGUAAGGCGAUUGAGCCUCCGCCCAUCGAUGCAGUGAUCGAAGCCGAGGUUAUGCUGCGCGAAAUGAAGUGUUUGGAUAAGAAUGAUGAAUUGACGCCUCUGGGUCGUAUUCUGGCCAAGCUACCAAUUGAGCCUCGACUGGGCAAAAUGAUGAUCAUGGGAUGCAUUUUUAAGUGCGGCGACGCUCUCUCGACGAUGGCAGCGAAUUCGGCGACGUUUCCUGAAAUAUUUGUUCUCGAAGGACUGCGCCGUUUGACCUAUCAGCAACGCAGGUUGGCGGGUGACAGAUGUUCCGAUCAUGUAGCCAUGCUGUCUGCUUUUGAGUUGUGGAACCGAAUUCGCCAAAAGGGGGAGGACUCCGAAAUUCAAUUUUGUGAACAAAAAGGCUUGAGCAUGCCUACAUUGCGCGUGACGUGGGAGGCGAAACAUCAAUUGCAGGAUAUUUUAACCUCGGUGGGUAUUCCGGAAGAGACUUUCAUGCCCGUACCAAUGGAAACUGUGGGGGAUGAUCCGAAGUUGGAUGUGGUAAUGGCGCUUAUGUGUAUGGGGUUGUACCCGAAUGUUUGUUUUCAUAAAGAUAAACGAAAGGUUUUGACCACGGGAAACAAAAUGGCAUUGAUCCAUAAAACGUCGGUCAACUGCAGUUUCGAUCAGAAGUUUCCUUCUCCAUUCUUCGUAUUCGGAGAAAAGAUCCGUACCAGAGCGGUUUGCUGCAAGCAGAUGUCGAUGGUCUCACCUUUGCAUUUGUUACUGUUUGGAUCGCGAAAGGUCGAAUGGGUUGACGGUGUCGUGCGCCUGGAUAACUGGAUCAACUUAGGAUUGGAUCCGUACGUAGCAUCCAAGAUUCUCGCACUUCGCCCCGCCCUCGAAAGUUUGGUGAUACGGGCGGCGAAAGAUCCUGAGCAAGUUAUGGAGAUGACGCCGUUGGAUCAGAAAGUAAUACAGGUUAUCGAACAGCUAUGUAGACAACAUUUAGAGGAAGGGAAUCGUCCGAGCGGAAACUUUUCAUUAGGGAGAUCGGCGGGACCUCCGCCUCCCAAAAUAAGACGUGGGUUUAACAGUAGGGGUGGGUACGGUGGAGGAUAUAAUAACUACCAGUCAGGUGGAAAUUUCAGAGGUGGUUUUAAUAAUCGCGGGUGGGGAGGAAACAAUUUUAAUGGGAAUUUCCGAGGACGAGGUUUUCAAAGGGGAGGUAAUUUUGCUUAUAACUAUUAACUUUUGAAAAAUGUAUUUUAAUUCGUGAUAAUCUUAGUUUUAGACCAACUUCUGUGUUUUACGAACUAGUGUACAAUUGCAGUAUUGUCUAAGUACUCUCAAUAAACUUAAUAGCCUUA